CAUGCUCACAGCUAUUCUUCCUUCACAAGUGUACAAAUGUAUAGUCUGAAGGGUUGUUGGGUGGGUCCCCAAGUCUGUAUCCUCUUUGGCUCUAGGACUGACUUCCCUUGUGGGUUCUUCCAGCGGAUACAGAUUCUCCAUGGGUCUCCCUUGGUAAGGGCAAUGCACAAGCAGUGGCUUGACCAUUAGCACCACCAGAGGAAGGCAGCCUGGGUGUCUGUGACCCCAUCAUGUUGGCCCUUUGGAAGCUUUCCUUUCAGGGUGGCUUUUCUCUGAGGACUUGGGCACUUCAGAAAGAGCAGCUGCUGGUGGUACUUGUGUUGUGAGGGAGGUGACCUUUGCACAUUUAGCCAAUGCACUGCUACUUGAGAGAGUGUCUGUGGCACUGAUGGUGUUAGGACCAGCAAGGCGCUGAGGGGACUGGAGAGUUUCCCAUUGCUUGAAGUAUGGAGACAGCUUCUCUCUAGAUCCCAACUCUGGAUUAAUGUAUUUUGGACAUCUUUGGGUUGAAUAAAUUCAGCCCUUUUCCAUUCACAAGACCCAGUAAGGAGCAGGUUGCAGCGAAACUGUGUGCGUGCAUGUGCAUGUGUGUAUACACACACAUGCUAGUGUGAGCCCAAGUAGAGAGCAGAGGUUAACUUUGAUGUCUCCUUCAAAUUCUCUUUGCUUUUAGAAAUAGGGUCUGUCAUUGCUCCUGGAGCUCACUGGUUUGGCCAGGCUCUGUGGUCAGCCAGACCCAACCAUUCUCCUGUGUCUAUCUUCCACUGCUAGGAUUGUAGACACUACUGAACCCAGCUUUUUUCAUGUGGAUGCUGGGGGGUGGUCAGAACUCAGGUCCUCAUGACUGUGUGGCAAGCCCUUUGCUUACUGAGCCAUGCUCUUAGCCCUUGGCUCUGGUUUUGAAAGACACUUGUGGUAUUUAGUUUACAGUUUCCCUUAAGAGGUUGGAGAACUGACUUAGGAAACCAGGAGAGCAUGUGGUUUGCAUGCCUGCAGCGGAGAUGUCCAGUGAAUGAGGAGAGGAUGAGGAAUGCAGUUUCCUACCGAGAACUUUCUAGAAGGGAGGUUCCUGUACACCUGGGACAUGUUCCACUCCCUGUGUUAUGCACACAGUGUCAUGCUACCUCUUUGUAAGUACAUCAAGAUCCUUUUGCCUGUUCUAUGUGGUUACACUGAUGGGCUAUGCCCUCCUCUAGUGUCCUGUCCAUUUAAUUCAUCAGGGACAAGCUGGAGACCUGUGGCUUUUCUUUUUUUGGAUUUCUCAUUUGCAGACACAGCAGGCAGAACCAAGCCUAAAGUGAUUUUUGCAAAGCAAAAUAAACUCAGCAGGAAAUAAAGCAGUGCCAUGGUACAUGUGGGCAGGGGUGGCUUGACACUGGGGUUUUGUUGCAGAGCUGAGAAGCCCAUGACACCUGUGUGAAGUCACAGUUGUAUUCUUGGACAAAUUUAUUGUGGCUCAGUUUAGACUUCAUCCUCAGUACCAAAAGUUCAUGAGAAUUCGCUGUUGAAACAUUCUGAGCUGGAAGCCUUGCUGGGUAGAGCCACCUAAAUAUUCGCUGUGUUCAUGACUUCUUAUUGCAGAUGGGACCGGCUAACCCUCCUUGAGACCAGCCCCCCCCCUGCACAUUCAUCUGGAGCCCAGGCAGGGAUGAGAGUGUGUGGGCAAAGUGGCUUCUCCUGUGGUUUCAUGUUGACUAGAGAAUCAUGUGUGGCAGCUCACACAGAUACUCAAAUUUGGCAGACGCUGGGAGCUGCGUUCUUUGAGUCUUCAGUGCCAGGUUCUACAGGUUCACUGCCCACUGUGUUGCUUCUGUCUCCCAUAGAGAUGAGCAUCUAAUAAUAUACACAGCCACCCAGCAUCUCUCUAUCAGACAAGUGGCUGCAUUGAGUGGUGAGUUUGAAUGACUUUCUCUGUUACCAGCUAGGGGUGUAUGUGUGGUUGUUUCUAUAAACACUCAUAUGUGAGUAAUAUUCAUGAACCACAUAGAAUCAUGUCUAUGAACAGGCAUGGCCUGUUGAGUGUGGCAGAGGCCCAGUAGCUCCACCCCCCCAGGCCCCACCUUGCCAGAUGCAGGAUGCAUGCAUUUACUCUCUGCCUGUCUCCUAGCAGUGCCUUGCACAUCUGCUUACAACAUUUGCAUUGGACAAAUUAGAGAAGAGGAAUCCAAGGCUGCGUGUGCUCCUGUGUGCAGGGAGGGGGGGGCAGAUGAAGGAAAAGUGUUGUCAAUAGAUGUGUGUGUUAUUAAAUGACAUGUACUUACACAAUCACAGGGUUAGCAACAUGGUCUUGGGUUCUUGGAAAAUGUUCGCAAGCAACUGGCAUGAUUGACAUGAGCCAGUGUUAUCCUAAGAUACAAGAUCUAACCUUCCAUGUGUCAGGUCCUGCUGUGAGUCUAAAGAAAGCACUUCUGUUUAGGGCAGGGUAGGUGUUGUGAUGAGCCCUAACUGUAAAACUACUUUUGUAGUUACUUCAUAACUAAUACAUAGUCUUAGGUAAUCAUUUGAAAAGGUUGUUUGACCCCCAAAGGGUUUACAACCAACAUGUUGAGAACUACUGCUCUAGGGAAAUUAAAAAAAAAAAAAAUUUUACGUUCACUUUGACUGAGAAGCUGUAGCUUCCUAAAGCAGUCUUACUUUUGCAAGAUCAGUCACAACCAUUCCCUGUACAGCCUUGCAGUACUUUUUGUGACCGCAGAACACAACAAGGCCUUCCAGAGAGUUAAGCCAGCAUUUGGCUUGCCAAGCCUUUUGGGUCUUGGUGAGGGAUGUCUAGGUGGUCUCUCGUCCUCAGAGCUGGAACUUGCUGAGCGUGCUAGUGAACGUGUCUGAAGAGAUAUUUUUAGACAGGGAGAGCAGGGUAAAUCCCACGAAAUGUGACAUCAUGUUCUCCUCAGAAAUCAGUCUCUGUAAACAUUCCCUGAUGGAUCACCCUCCUGUAGGGCUCUGGCUGCUUUGCAGAGAUCAGUGCCUGUUAGUGGUGAAACUGGGUCCUGUCGCCUCUGCUCUUGACGACUGUCAGUCUGAAAAAUUGAAAUGGGUGUAGUCUCUGCACUAUAUGUAUAGUUAAGCAUUUUGGGAGAUGAGACCUUUUGUGAUUUCAGGGUACAUCGAUUGGUGUUUGCAUAAUGGCAAACAAAGCCUUAAGGCCUGGAGAGAUGUGCAUUUCACCAAAAUGCUCUCCAUCCGGGUCAUUUGUAUGUUCUUAGAUUUCAAUAACACUCAUUACUGGAGUGUUUAUUUCUCCCAUGAUCUGGUAGGGAGGGGGUUUUGGGGUUGUCUUGUUCACACUGGCCUGCCUCCUAGGUGAUGGGUAGUGGGAUGGUGCGGGACGGGGCCUGCUUUCUGUCCCAGCCAGUCUUUUCAUCAAUGUGGCGGUGAUGUGGAGGCUUUCACACACAGAAAAGCAGAGGUGUGAGAUUACUCCAGCCUGAUCCAUGGAUUGUAUCAGCCACAGCUGGGUGGUGCAGCUUGGGCAGUGUCUGGAGUUGGGGUGCUUGCUGCCAUCUGGCACAUCACAGACUAUGCACCUACUCAUCACAAAUACCUCUCUCCCCUCCGGGCAGCAGGAGCCCCUCUGAAAAUGGAGAGCUAAGACACGCCCUUAGGCCCUCACGACACAAGACUGUACUGUGACCCACACAUCAUCGUCCUAAUGGAUCGCAGCAGAGAGGCUGAGAUGGAGCUGAGGAGAGGACCCAGCCCACCCAGGGCUGGCAGGAGCCACGAGGUGGAUGGGGACAAGGCUGCGUGCCACAGCUGUUGCAUCUGUGGCAAGAGCUUUCCGUUUCAGAGUUCACUGUCACAGCACAUGCGCAAGCACACCGGAGAGAAGCCCUACAAGUGUCCCUACUGUGAUCACAGGGCUUCUCAGAAGGGCAACCUCAAGAUUCACAUCCGAAGCCACCGUACAGGGACUUUGAUUCAGGGGCAUGAGCCUGAGGUAGGCGAUGCUCAGCUGGGCGAGAUGCGUGUGUCUGAGGGCCUGGAUGGGUGUGCCAGCCCUACCAAGAGCACCUCAGCCUGCAACCGCAUGCUUAAUGGGGCUGUGCCUAUGGACAACGGCAAGAUCCUGCUCAGGAGCAGCCGCAAGGAGGCAGAGGGGGCCGCUGGUGCCCAGGACGCUGCUGAGGCCAUGGCGCAGUGCUCCUUCUGUAAGAGCCGGUUUGAACGCAAGAAGGACCUGGAGCUGCAUGUACACCAGGCCCACAAGCCAUUUAAGUGCCGGCUAUGCAGCUAUGUCACCUUGCGGGAGGAAUCUCUGCUGAGCCACAUCGAGAGGGACCAUAUUACUGCACAGGUGCCCAAUGGCAGCAGCAGCGAGGCCUGUGUGGAGAAUGGCAAGCCAGAGCUGAGCCCUGGGGAAUUUCCAUGUGAGGUGUGUGGCCAGGCCUUCAGCCAGACCUGGUUCUUGAAGGCACACAUGAAGAAACACCGGGGCUCCUUUGACCAUGGCUGCCACAUCUGUGGCCGGAGAUUCAAAGAGCCUUGGUUCCUCAAGAACCACAUGAAGGCACAUGGACCCAAGGCAGGAAACAAGAACAGGCCCAAGAGUGAGAUGGACCCCAUUGCCACCAUUAACAAUGUGGUGCAGGAGGAGGUCAUCGUCGCCGGCCUGUCCCUCUAUGAGGUCUGCACAAAGUGCGGGAACCUGUUUACAAACCUGGACAGCUUGAAUGCCCAUAACGCCAUACACCGCAAAGUUGAAGCCAGCCGGACACGAGCUCUGGCUGAGGAGGGGGACUCAGAGGGUCCCCUUGACACCAAGCAGUUCUUUUUACAGUGCCUGAACCUGACACCAUAUGUGGCUGGUGACGUGUCCCCCAGUGGGCAGGCUGGACGCCGGGUGGCUGAGUUGGACCCCGUCAACAGCUAUCAGGCCUGGCAGCUAGCCACCAGGGGCAAGGUGGCUGAGCCGGCUGAGUACCUCAAGUAUGGGACCUGGGAUGAAGCGCUGGCCGGGGAUGUGGCCUUUGACAAGGACAAGCGUGAAUAUAUACUGGUGAGCCAGGAGAAACGAAAGCGUGAGCAGGAUGCCCCUUCCACCCAGGCUCCACCCAGGAAGAGGGCCAGUGUACCUGGAGACCCCAUGCUUCCUGGCCACCUUGACCCCCGGCCAGCCUCACGUCCCAACCGCCGGGCUGCGGCUACCACAGGCCAGGGCAAGUCCUCUGAGUGCUUCGAGUGCGGCAAGAUCUUCCGCACCUACCACCAGAUGGUGCUCCACUCUCGUGUGCACCGCCGUGCACGCCGUGACAGGGAUCCUGAAGGGGACAGGGCAGUGCGCGCCCGCUGCGGUUCACUCAGCGAGGGUGAUUCAGCUUCCCAGCCAAGCAGUCCUGGCUCAGCCUGCGCCAUCGCUGACUCCCCAGGCUCUGGCCUGGCUGAAGAGGUGGUGGAUGACAGUGGUGAAGAGGUUGUGCCUGAACCCGCAUCAGGGGGCCAGCCACGGCACUGCUACUCUUCUGGAGAGGUGGCACCCACCGUGCUCUCCAACGGGGACCAGAGUCACACACUUGGAAAUAACCUGCCAGAGAAAGACAUCAGCGAGCCCAAGGUGGGGAUUGCCACGCCAUCCGUGUCCAUACUUGAAAACAGCAGCAGAGAGACGGCCAAGGGUCCCGAGCAGCAUAGAUUUUCUCUUGACCUAAAGAUGCCAGCAUUUCACCCCAAGCAGGAGGGGCCCAGCACUAUUGGCCGGGUAGACUUCCCUUCGAGCAUGGAGAUAACUAGCCUGCAGCUCACCUUGGACAGCCAGGCUGGGCAUUCAAAAGAAAAGCUGUCCGAUUUGCACAAGGAGCACUGUGGGGCAGGAAAGCGGUCAUCCGCCUCUGACCUGGUCCCGCUGGACUUAAGUAUGAGGUCGAGCCGGGAUGACCCCAGCAGUAAGGACGCAUGCUCCCUGCAGGCGGCCCUGGUCAUUCACCCGUGUCCUUACUGUAACCACAAGACCUACUACCCCGAGGUCCUGUGGAUGCACAAGCGCAUCUGGCACAGGGUCAGCUGCAACUCUGUAGCACCCCCUUGGACUCAGCCUAACGGCCACAGGAGCAUUCGCAGCAGCCUGGUUUUCCUUGCUCGCAGUGGGCGCACAGGUCCCCCGCCUGCUCUUGGAGGCAAGGAAUGCCAGCCCCUGCUCCUCGCUCGCUUUACCCGCACCCAGGUGCCAGGUGGGGUACCGGGAUCAAAGGGCAGCUCUUCUCCCCUUGGGGUGACCACAAAAGCCGCUAGCAUGCCUAAGAAUAAGGAGAGCCAUUCUGGGGGCCCCUGUGCUCUGUGGGCCUCUGGCCCCGAUGGAUACCGACAGACCAGAGCUGGCCAUGGCCAGGAGCCUCCCAGUGCUAUUGUGCAGGGACCCUUGGCCAAACCCAAACAGGAGGCCAACUCCAAGUUGGCACCUUCCCCAGGCAGUGGGGGCCUCAGCAGGAGUGCCACCCCCAUACCCUCGGUUAUAACCCGUGUAGGUGCCCAACCCUCAGCCAAUAGCAAGCCAGUGGAGAAACUCGGGGUCCCUGCAGUGGGGGCUGGCUUUGCUCCUCCGAAUAAGCACAGUGCCCCAGACUCUCUGAAAGCCAAAUUCAGUCCUCAGCCUCAGGGUCAGCCUUCCACAAAAGGCGAAGGAGGCUCUCCUCUACCUCCCCGGGAAACCCCUGUGAAGGCGGCCCAGGAGUUGAGAACACUAGCCACCUGUGCAGCGGGGUCCAGAGGGGACGCAGCCUUGCAGGCCCCACCUGGUGCGCCCCCCAUCUUACACUCCAUCAAGCAGGAGCCGGCAGCUGAGGGGCAGGAGAAACGCUUGGACAUCCUCAGUAUCUUUAAGACGUACAUUCCAAAGGACUUCGCCACACUCUACCAGGGCUGGGGUGUCAGCAGCCCUGGGCCUGAGCACAGAGGGACACCGCUGACACAGGCCCGCCAGGGAGACUUUGUCUGUGUGGAGUGCGGCAAGAGUUUCCAUCAGCCCAGCCAACUCAGGGCCCACCUUCGGGCGCACACAGUUGUGUUUGAGUGUGACGGUCCACAAGGGUCUGAAGUUCACACAGCCUCCACGGAUGCCCCCAAACAAGGGAGAGACCAUACUACCCCAGGGACUGUGCCAGCGGGGCCUCUCCAGAAGGGGACCUAGAAACACGCCUCCAGCGCUCGGCCCCGUGACGGUGUUGACAGUGGCCUCAAGGGCCAUUGGAAGGCUCCCAGCAGUGACCAUGGCCACCUUGGGGAGGAAGAGCCAGGGUCUCCUGACCAGACUACCUUAGACCCGGGAGCCGCUGCGCUAGAGCAGACCAAGGGAGCCACUGAGCUAGAUACCUCCCUUGGUGACAUUUAGGGACAACAAAGAUGCUAUGCCUAGAAUUCUGUGUAGCUCUUUCACACAUGUUUGUGCUCAUCCACCAUGGCCUGUGUCUCCUCAUGAUAAGCAGUGGUAUUGGCAGGCACAGAGGGAGCUCAAGCUUCUGUAUUGAUAACUCAAGACAAGUGUGAGACACUGGAAAUAAGAUGAUGGUGUGUUUUGGAUGGAGUAAAGAGCUAAGCACUGUAGGAGGUGCUCUGGUGCUUAGAGGAUAGGUGACACUGUCAGGACAUGGGGGGGGGUCCACACUACUGCCUCUCCCUGCUUCAGUGGAUAUUUAAUAGCAGGUAAGAUGGAGGGUGGUGUUCAGGAGCUGUGAGGCUUGGUGGUGCUCGGGCUCCGUAAGGCAGGGCAGUGGCAGGUCCUCCCAGUUCAGAGGUCUGGCCAUGACCCCCUCUGAGCUGCUCAUGUCACCCUCAUGCUCUCUGUGUUUCCUCCACUUGAGCUGCGUUGGCACAGGAAACACAGCAGAGAUGGGAACACAUAUAGCCCUGCUUUGGAAAAGAGUUAUUUGAACACUAAGAAGAGCAGGCGUCUUUGUUUAUUCUCAGGACCUUUUUGUAACAGGGCUACAUUCUGCAAACUGCUCACAAGAGAAGACUACAUGUCUUAACAGAUUCAGCCGCUGAAUCCUCCCAAUCCGGGCCUGUUUUAGUGAUGGCAGAAGAACCCUUGAGCAGAUUGGGGUCUUUAGGGUGCUCUGGGGCCUUCUGCUCCUUCCCUCCCUUCCCGUCCCAACCUCCUCCCUGCACCACCCCAGCAAAUAGAUGUCUUUCCCGCUCAGGCCUGGUGGCCACCACUGGAUGAGUGACUUCGCUCACAGAUUGAUGGGAGGGCACCAGGCCUGAGAGUGAGGACGGCUUUAUAUACCUCUUCCUUAGUCACGCAAGUUCACGUUUCUGUGGUGGGGUGAAGGCCCUAGCAGAGGUUCCGAACCCACACAGCGUGUGCGUUCGGAACUGUAUUCCGCAGGUAGCAGCAUUUCCUUUUCCCGUUGCUGUGACACUGUGUGUGAUGGCAACACUUCUGCAAGUUCCAGAUGUUUGCACAUUAUGAUUUAUGCAUUAUCAGAAGUUACUGCUGCCUUGAAUGAAAAACGUUCUGUGAAAUUUUUUGCAAAAGCUUUACUAGUUUUUUUUUUAUUGUGAAAUUUUGUAAAGGCAGGAAAUGGAUUAAGACAAGCAUGCUAAAUAUAUUUUUCAAAAAAAGCAAUAAUUUUACAUGUACAGAAAUUAUCCUAACCUUUAAUACUGGUGAGAGCGACAGUUUACUUAACACAGUAAUGGAUCAGUGCAGUUUUUGUAGGAAAUGGGCCUCUGAUACAAAGACUUGUUUAAACACACAUGUAUACAUGAACCCUGGCGUGUGGUUUCUCUGUUCUAAUGAUCUGUUGGAUUAUUAUUAUUAUAUUAUUAUUAUUAUUAUUAUUGUUAUUGUUAUUGUUAGCUAAUGUUUGAUUCUGGAUUCUACUUGUUACUGUUUUAAUUACUUGACCGUUCAGGUGACUGCGACACUUGCAAACAAUGCAAUGUUAACUGGCUAGCAGAUACAUAUAUACAUAUAUAUGUAUAUAUAUUAUAUAUAUAUAAUUAUUUUUUUUACCUAUUUUUCCUGAUACUCCUAUACCAGGUAUGUGUGAGAGCGGCUUGCCGUGUCCGAGGGCUUGGGAAUAUUGAUGGUUCUGAGAUGUAACCUUGAGUGGGUCACAGAGACACAUUCCUCUCUCCACCUGAGGCAGCAGAGCCCUUUCUGCUGAUUCGUGUUUGAUCAUUUUGAUACUUUUUCUCCCAUCAUUUCUGCGUUCUCUGGCUUUUUGUUUUCUUGGCUGAAACAAAGGUGACAGUUAGGAAUGUUCAGGGGCCUGUGAUUUGGCCCCGUCUAUUUCUGUGUUUUAGUUAUUAAAAAAUUCUGUACACAAAGGGACACAAAGGUGUUGUUUGCGUUCUUACUGUGUCCGAAACUGCACUUGGCAUUGAGAACUGGAAGGUUCUGUCUUCCAGUGGGUCUCCUUCCCAGUUGCUCUGGGGAAGAGGGGUGUGUGGGGUGCCUGCAACUGAGUGUCUGAAGAGCAGCCAGGAGAACAGCCAAUCCCAGGAUGACCUGUCCUCAAAGCACAGAGAUAGCAGUUUUCAUGUAGCCAUAAGGCCAUGAGUCCCAUCCCCCCCUCCCCAGCUCACACACCCUCUGGGACCAGCUAUGUGCUGGCCUGGGUGUGUGGCCUCCUUGUCCCACUGGCCUUCAGUAUUGGACCGGUUUGUUAAUUCAUUUAUGUCAGCCCAACCAUAGUAUUUAAUAUGAUUUAUGUUUUCUUAUUUAUUUAGCCAAUCUGUUUUGAUUUGCUGCCUCCCCCCCCCCCCCCCCCCCCGCGAUAAUUUCCGCAUUUCUGACUGUUACAGACUUCCUACUACCUCUACGAAUCUGCUGUCUCCUUGUUUCCUAAUGAGAUUUUUACAGUGUUGAGUCUAAUGUGACUUAGACAAUAAAGGGUUUGGUUGUCUACACUGCAGCUGCUCUGUGUGUCUCCCCUCCCGUCCACCCUGCACUCGCCCUGAUCCCUGCCUGCUCAGUCCACUUUUCACCUCUUAUUCUUGCCUCUCUGUUACCUCUUCUCUUACACUGCCUCCUCAUUUCAAAUGCAAAUAACACAUUCAGAGUUUAUCGGAAUCUUUUAGGUGAUUUAGUCGGUCCUAAUUCAGAGAAUGAAGAUUUAAAGUCACAAAUAAUAAAUAAGUGAAUUCUAAUGGUUCCACCCUGGAGAGUUGCCCAGGGGACUUGUCCACAUGUCUCUUCAGUCUCUUAGGUGGUGGCAGCUCAGCCUCCCCCACCCAGUACAGUUUCCAAGUCAAGCAGACCUUGCCUUUUUGGUUCUGAAAAUAUUAGAUAUUUUAAAGAAGUUUCCCUCAUAUUUACUUAUUUAUUUUUUAAGUCCACAAAGACACUGGUUUCUGAAAAUUAGGUGCUCCAGGCAGCACAAGGUCACUCUGUAAAAAUAAAAGAGCACCAGUGUUCCAGUGGGCUGCAGGGCUGUGUGUCCCGAUUGGCUGCUGUGAGGCACUGGGGACUGGAGUCAGGCUCCUUCCAGGUACCUUGUUCUACCUCUGGCAUCUCCAGGGCUGGCAGCUGUGGUCUUUUCACCUCCUUGGAGCUAGGAGGAUGGCUACUCUCUGGUGAGAUGAUGGUGUUUUCCAGGUGACGCCUGUGGGUGCAAGUCUCUAGGAAAGAAGGGCUCCCUGGCCUUGUUAGAGACUUGACCAACCUCUCUAAGACAAGACCCCUCCCUGCCACCAUGCCUGCAGAACAUGAUUUGUUUUUCAGUGAUUACCAAUUUAGCAACUUUUAUUUGCUGAGAGAGAAACAAAAGAACAAAAAGAAAAAAGCCCUGCAAACAAGGCCUUCCAGGACACUGGUGAUUGCUGCAAACUGCAGAGCCCCGGGGACAUGCCUGCAUGAAGUGACCACCAAGCAAAUAUUCACCAAUUUCAGUAAUUAGUCUUUGAGGUGGUAAGAUGCAGAAGACCAUAGAGUUUGUAUUUCUUUCUAAAAAUACAAUUUAUGAUGCUAUAUUUUGUACUCUUUAUAUUAGAAUUUGUAACUAGAUUGAUGUAUUUAACUAUUUCUGAGAAAAAAUUCAAUGUUACAGCUGUGUGAUAAAAGAUAUUUAGAUAAAACAUAUUCACUCUAUUGGAAUUUGAAAUAAAUAAAAAAACAUCUUGGAGUUGUAAAAUAUUUGCCCCUCCUUUAGAAGGUGGCUUACAUUA